GUGUAGAAGAAAAAGAACAUUCGGCAAAAUGUAGUUUUUAUUCCCUGAGUAUGAUCUUUCAGGCAACUAGUCAGUAGCAAUCGAAGACGUUACGCACGAACAACAACCUUUUUCAGUAACAUAGUUACGUUUUGUUGCUUUAUUUAACUCUAGUUAAGUUAUAGCUUCACAACAUAGGCGGUGGGAUAGCACCUCACAAAGCAGUAAUUGUCGUGCCUGAGAACCCACCCAGGGUAGGAAGUCGCCGGGCUACCUCAGUGCGCGGGUCAAUUACAAAUUGUCAACAUCGCCAUUGUUUUGCUAACGCUAACGUUAGUCAUCAAGUGAGCGAAAUAGCUGUCUCGCUAGCUCUCACACGACUACAAACUUGUUAAUAAAUUGGUUUGUAGAGAGCUAAUUCAAAUAAACGCAUUUUGGCGGCUAACCGAAUUAGACCAGUUGAUGAACACAAAAUGAUUUCUAGCGUUGGCGAACUGUUAGCUUGUGUCUCGCUGUCGUAAACAAUCGUCUAACGGUAGCGUUAAAAACGGAGAGAGAAAGCUAACAUAAAUGGAGACAAAAUACGCAACAUUGAGGAGACCAAAGAGGAAACUCUGCUACCUGACAAGCAACGAACGUGCAUCUAAGCAAUGGGCAGGAGCACUGUCACUAGGAGACAUCGAUAAGAUGUUUGAUGACUUGGAGCCAUCCUCACAUGAAGAUGAUGACCUGAUUCCCCCAUCUUCUCUGCUCCAGAAUUCAGACAGUGACACAAACCAGGGUGAGAGGGAGGCUCCUCCGAUCUCACAGCCGGAAAGGCAGCUAACUGGAGAAAAACCUCCAGUACGCCUAAUGGGUCCUGAUGGAGAUGUCCUGCAUCCUGCAACAAGGUCACUCAGUCCUGAACUAGACAUUGACUUUCCAUUCAAAGCACACAGGCCCGUGAAGACAUCCAGCCCUAUUGAAAAGAAUGUUGUUGUGGAAGGUGUAGAAGAACUGGACAAUGAAAAAAAUGGAGUUGUGUCCCCAAUUCUUUUUCCCUGUGAAGAUGAAGGAGAAGAAACAGCAAAGACAGACCCUCUACCCAUCCAGAAACCCCACUGCAACAAGCACAUCACAGAGCAAAGUGAUGACUCUGAGCUGGAGUCUCCUCCAAGCAAGAUUGCUUUAAGCAAACUCAAGAUGUCCAGUCACAAAAACAAGGUUGCGGGAUCAUGUUCAGAAAACACAGACGCUCUUGUGUCAGCAGUGAGACAGGAGCCAGAAGUCGCCAUUCAUAAGAAAAAGUCAAAAAAUGUCCUCCGGCAGCCAUCGGUGGAGGUGUCUCGUGUGGGUAAAGACAUGACGACUUUUCUACAGAAGCUAAGGGAUGCUGCACAGCCCAAACCCGCAUGUUCUAGAAAGUCUUUGUCGCCAGUGAAAGUACCCGCUCCGCCUGAACCAGAGGAUGAUUUCCUGAUUCUGGAGGAUGAAACACCUCUUUGGUUUUCCAUCCCACGUAAAACUGCAACCAGUAAAAAACAGGGACAGAGCAGAACCUCCAGCACUGACAAAGACAGCUCGACGGACAAGGGGGCAAAGAGCAGCCCACAGAAGACCACACAAAAACAGCAAGAAUCUGACCAGGCAAAUGGCAAACUGGGAAGUCAGACUGUCAGUCAGAAAAUAAAGAAGAUGAAAGGUAAAGAAAAAAUGAAUGAGGUGACUGAGCCUGGAAAUGAUAUGAAUGAACUCUGCAGCCCUGAGGAUCUUUCUGCAGGUGAUUUAGUGGAACAAGAGAAACCAAGCAAAAAGACACGACUCAAGAAGGUAGCAUCUAAACACAGUGACAAGGCAGAGGAACAACCUAAAGAAUCAGCCAGCAGGGAAACCGACAAAGAAGAACCCCCUCUGAAGAUGGAAAAGAAAACUCAGAAGUCUUUGAAAGAUGGCAAUGAAAAUGGUCAAACAAGGAGGGCUAAGUCAUUAAAAGGAGCUAGAAAAGACACGCAGGGGUCUGGUGCAGUAAAGGAGCGUGUGCAUGUAGAGGCUGUGAAGGGACAAAGUGAGGAGCACGCAAAUGCUGAAGACCUCUGUUCUCUUUCAGAAAUCAUGAGCUCUGAAGCAGAGAUGGAUGAAAAGGACAACCAGAACCAACUACCAGCUGUGAGUGAGGAGAGUUCAUCUGAAGACGGUCAGAUUGUUAGAAAAAGGAAAAGGAGGCAGCCUGGACAGUGGUGGAUGAGCUGCUCUCAGGGAACAGAGGAAACAAAGGCUAGAAACAAGCAGCCUACACCAAAGAAGUCCAAGCAGAACAAGAAAGAGCCCAGCGCAGCAGUACUGUCACGUGUAAAGACUAAGAAGGACCGAGUUUUAAAGAAAAUAAAUCCAACACAGCCUGCACCGUCAUCCAGUCAGACCACAAAGCAAGCUAAUGAAAAGCAGACCAAACAGAACAAAAACAGAAGCACAAGAGGAGAAACACCAGAAAAGCAGCAGCAGAAGGAGCAGGAGCAGGAGCAGGUCCUGGACCUGGAUCCUGUACAUUGUAGUCCUUUGGUCCUUCCACACAGAGACCACAGCCUGAACUCAGGGGAUCAGGUAUUUCAAAGAGUGUAUCGUCAUGCUUCUAAUGAAAAACUGUCCAUCACACCAGUGCCUCAGGGCAGGGAGCAGCUCAGGGCAGAGGAACCAGAGAAACGGAGGAGGAAUCCUCCCAGUAACUGGUGGAUGGUUAAUGGCACGACUGAAGACAUGAAGAGCAUCUCCUCACAGGAUGGACAGCAGGAGCCCAAACCUCGUAAGGAAAGAAAAAAGCAGUUUAAACAGAGCAGAUCUCCUGGCCUCGGGACUCCCAAAAAUGGCAACAUGGUCUCAUCAAAACCACCAGAGGGCGCUCCAGUGACUCCUCUUAAAGUGAAGCCGUUGUUGGCUCCAAAGAGUGUCAAGCGCUCGCUGGCCACAUUUAAAGACAUUUUCACUUCAGCCAUAGAGACCCCAAUUGUGACCAGCAGCAGAGAAGCAGGUCAGAAUAACAGACAUAAAGUCACUGAAUGUCCUGCUGUAGAAGUCACUGUUACUGACUGUACAACAACCGGCAAGACUGAUGAAGAUAUUCUCAGUAUGGAUGCUGGUGAAUCCAACAGCCUCCCCAACCAUGAGGACCCACAGGACAGCAAGUGUCAGCCAGAGAGCAUGUCAAAAGCCCACAGAAGUGGGCCGUCGUCCAUGAUUGUGCUGGAACAGUACGAGGAGAAUGAGGACUUGAAUGUGCCGUCAACCAGAGUCAGUGCUGUUCUGUCUGCAUCAGAUCUUUGUGGUCCUCCUCUCAAACCGCUGAUCCUGCAGCCAAAGGAUAAGGCCAACCUGACCGAGUGGUUUAAGAGUCUCUGGUCUACCACUGUCGACAACGGCCAUGAGAUCACUCCAGACCAGUUUGACUGGUACUUCUACCAAGGCAGAGCUAUUGGCUUUCUGGUGGACCUGAACUGUGGCUCCAUCUGUAAUGGAAAAAUCCUGCUGGGCUCCUACAUGAAGAAGCCUCUGUGGGUGGAUCACAGCGCCACAACAGUUUUUAACCUGUUAACGAGCUCCGUGAGUGUAAUCGUCAACGGCUGCGAGUCCCGCUUCAGUCCAGGACAAUCCUUCAUGGUGCCAUGCGGACAUGCGUACAGCAUCCAAAACGUCACUGCACAGCCUGCUGUUGUGUACUUCACCAGGAUAGUCGCGGAAAGUUCAGACUGAAGCUGACAGCUCGUUGUUUUCAAGUUGUAAAUAGAAAAUGUUUAGAUGUUAAGUUUUUAACAUGUUCUUGAUUCUUAGCUUUGCUUGUAAUGAAUGGUUUCUGGUAAAACAAUGACCUGUAAAUAAAGCUUUGUGCUUUUUUGUUACUCGA